CUCGACGUUCGUCGGUUGCCCCGAUGAACGGCGUCCUCGCAACCCUUUCCGUCGCCGUCGUGCGCGUCAUCCGGGGGGUGAGAGUGGAUCUCGCGAUUUUUCGCUCUUUGACUUACUGGAUAUAAAUCGUGGCCGCGAAGAAGAGGACUCUGAUAGCUCCCGAAGCUCAGUCACCGACCAAUGUCGUUCACCUGCUAAUCGAUCGUCCGCAGGAGGCUCACUACUCGACACUAACCCAGCGUCUCCGGUCGCGCCUGAUGCGCCUGUUGUAAGACCCCUUCCAACUGUUUCGAAUCCUAGCUCACGUGGGGCUGCGUUAUUUGCUUGUUUAUUCGAAUCAGCGGAUGCUAAUCCAUCUGCACCCGAAGUCUCACCCACGCUUCCCCGAGAAAUGGAUUCUGCCGCUCAGUCAUUGGAUUCGACGAUCAACCGCAAACCCCGUCAAAUUGGGCCACUCCUUCCACCUUCGGUGGGUAACUCCAUUGCUGACGAACCCGACGACAAACCCCCUUCCAUGGAUCUCUUCAAAUCUAUAUUCGCUUCUGAUGAAGAGUUAAGUUCUUCUGAUGCUGAAUUGGAUGUUGCAACCAGUACUGCAUCCACCAUUGAAAACCGAACAGUCCCUCGUCCUGAUUUUGAGAACAGAGCAAACGGCUGGAGUCUGUUUGAUCCGCCCGGCAAUUCUACUUCAAACGACCGAGCAUCAUCUUUGGUCGCUCACUUGUUCGAACCAACUGGAGACGCAGGUGCUCCGCUCUCUGCCCUGUCACAACUGACAACAAAGCGUCAUCCGAGACCUCUCUCAGAUCAGCGACAUCAACCGCAUUCCUCUCCCGAUCCAGCUCUUCUGUAUGGUCCUGCACUACCUCCCAUCUUGAACGAAUACGAAAGUUCUACCUCUCUGCUUCAACAGACCACCAUAUUGGAACAGGUCAUAGGGACGGUCAGCGCCGAUGAAGUGCACUGGACUGAUUCUCGAUUGCCCCUCUGGAAUGUUGGUUCCUCAAAUUGCUCCAAGAAUCUUUCAAAUAUCGUGUACCAGUCCCUGUUUUCCCCUCGCCUUUUUUGGGCUUCAACAACGCUUUCACUGGCGACCCACGGGGAUACGGUUGGUGCCUGUUUUUCCCCGUUUACUUCUUCGUCCUUUAUGCCGCUUCUGCACAACAGCGCUCGUCCCCGUUAA